AGAAUGGUACAAUGCCGAUAGAAAUUGCUGCAGCCCAAGGAUGGCAGGAAUGCGUUGAGGUUCUUUUCCCUGUCACAACCCCUUUGGCUAGAGUCGCUGAUUGGAGCACUGCUGGAAUAAUUCAACAUGUAGAACUUACGAAUUCAAAGCCACAAGAUGAAAAUGAGGGAUCUGAUUUUGAAGCACAAGGGGAUGAUGCAUUCCGUAAAAGUGAUUAUGCUCAUGCAUUGACUCUCUACACUACGGCAGCGGAGAUCAACCCUGAUGAUUCAACCUUGUAUGCAAAGAGGAGCCUUUGCUUGCUACAUACGGGUGAUAAAGGCAAGGCUUUGGAUGAUGCUAAAACCUACAAAGAUAUGCAGCCAGAUUUAUCAAAAUCGUGCUAUGCGCAAGGAGCGGCUCUGAUACUGGUGAAGGAGUAUGGCAGAGCAAUUGAAGCUCUCAUGUCUGGUUUGAACCUGGAUUUUGGAAGCAAACCAACUGACAAGGGAUUUAGCGGGGAGCAUCCGUGAAGAACGGUUGUUAAUACUGCAGUCAAGAAGAAAUGUUUCCGUUACUGCGCAGGCCAAGAGAGGUUGUUAGUUGUUACUACUGUACAGGCAAGAUACUACUGAGUGUGAAGCAUCCUUCGAAAGCUUGGGGUGCACUUUUUUGUUGGUUCCUGCAUUGUCUAGGAACUCUCCAUGUAUUGUGAAGAUAACCAAAGCUGCAUAGUAUGUGUGCUAUACGCAUACCAAAGCUGUGAAACUGGCCCAAAUGGCAGACCACCCACUAGCUAUGGUUAAACAGUGCUGAAAGCCCGAAGACAUUAACACAGAAUAAUAGGGAUAUUACGAGUUUCGACGCUGUAGGAUGUAGUAACAAUUCUGCGUGUCCUCAUAAUUACUAUAAAACCAGUGUACUGAAGGUUAUUUGAACUGUGUUAAACGUCGAUGGCAUAAUCGAGAUAUCAAAAGUAAACUUUAGUUGUCACUAGGUGAAAUGCUUCUGCUCUCCUACGGACGAAAGAAAUAUUGGCGUAUUACGUUAACAUUCUUCCUGUACUCGUUUUGCACCGCACCCUAGGCGUUGCUGCGGCUUCUAGCCAA